CUUAUCCACGGGCACACGUCCGAUCACUAUCAUUACACUGAUGUGUGAGACCUCUACACAGCAGCGCAGAGCGAUCACACGAGCGCACGCUGAAGUCUGUUCUCACCUGAGAAAAAGUCCUUUCACAUGACAACGAAUUACAGACGCCAUAGCACCGGUCCAUGCAUCGGCUGUGCGUCCGUACUUGUUGGACAGAUGGCACAUAUUGCAUCAUCUGCACGUGUGAGACACACGCCACACCACCAACCAACGAUACAGCACCAACCGAUGCGGCGGAAAAUGCCGCAGACCGUACACUCGUCAUUCCCUCAGUCAUGCACACUUCGCAGCCAUCACCGAUCAGUCGAUGGCAGACAGCAAGGCAGGCCGAUGCAGACAAUGCGCAUAGAGACAACACUGAAUUCGCCGGACAUCACGGCAGGAAGGAAGCAAUUGCAGCAAGGCACGGCACCAUGCGACUGAGAAAAAACACCAUAUCGUCCUAACUCCAUUUAAUUUUCUACCUACGACACAGCCCUACUGUACCGUGUGAAUUACGAUAUGAACACCAUAGUCACUCAAUCCAUCUUUCCUCUCAUCGACCGCCAUCACACCAAUACAAUCAGACAUACGACGAAUCAACCACCCAGGACAGUGCAAGGGAAUGCUAGCACUAGCCGGCAGAAAGACAGUAAAUCGGAAAAAGAGACAGGAGACAACACACACAUGCUCAUAUACUCGUGACUGACACGGGCCUGCUGUAGUUUCGAAUGAGUGGUACUAGCAAGUCAGUCACCCUACCCACCUCUCUUCCACCCUCAUCGAAAAGCGUUGCAUCUGGCGUGACUUUCCUGAAAAAGAGCGGGUGCCUGGAAGAGAUAGUCUCCGUCAGUUUGGUCAGAUUAAGAGAAGAGAAGCAAAGCGGGCCGCUGGGAGAACAGCGGCGCCCCAUGCCGUAGCCGCACCCAUCCUCGGGUCCUGCCCAGCAGGUCUUCGUAUCACAGAACUCGGUGAGGAUUUCGUCAUCACACCGGUCGGUGUGAUUGGUUCGCAAGCCACCGUUCACCUGCAUGGGCAGGCAAACAUACUGUCGAACUGUCGAUGUGAUACUUCGAUUAAUGCUGUCGUCCCGUACCUGCUUCCAUAUCUCUGAAUUCCCAAGUGAUCUCCUGAGAACAUGAUGUCCAAACCAUUCAUCCGGUCCUGAAAAUGGCCCUCGGGGCCUCCGCCAAGGCAAGCCGUCGUACGGAUAAGUGAGGCCCUGUGCGGCGACGAUCGAAGCAUGGUACCGAUUGUAGCUUCGCCACUGGUGGUGUUUGAGAUCUGCACAAAGGUGCACAGCAGAAAUGCACGAGUACCUCUGUUGCUGCAAUGCUUACCGUAUCCGACAGUGCUAUCCGCAUCUUGACAAGAGGGAGACUUGCUCUCUCUAUCUGCUGGGCUGCGAUCCGAUUCGUUGUUUUCCAUUUCGAAAGGUUUAGCCUUCGCAUAACUGCACAGAGAAAGGCACGCAAUGAGCAUGCAGCUGUGCGAUAUAUUCACACUCUGCGUACCAUAUUCUGCUGGUUGGCAGGCCGCCCGUCUCUCUCACUCUGUGUCGGAAGAGGACGUCAUACACCACAUCAGGAUGGCUCACUGGAAUGUGCGAGACAGACACCAGCACCAUCAUCUGGUUGCACGGGUCGCGAAGAGCGGCCUUCCACAAGGCGUUCUCCGCGAGAAUAAAGUUGCCAGAGCUCGUCUCGACUUUAUCGACUGAGGUAGCUCCUCUAAGGCUACUGGGCGGCUCACUCGCACCCUCCUGUAUGUGCAUGUAGACUGUAAAACGACGCCUGUCCAUCGACAAAGCGAGCCAUUCUUCCCAAAGGGCAGCCAGCGGCACGUUGUCUUUCACCAGGAAGAGGAGAGCAACACUUGGCGGGCCGCUGCAUUCGCCGCAUCCCUUGACAGCACUUGGUGUGCUCGACUCCCGCACGCAGUAGAAUUGCUGAGAGGAUGACGUGUUGGUCUUGAUCAAUGGCAGGAGAUUCUUCUCCCUGAAUUGGGCCAGAUCAGCCUCCAGUGAGCAUGCUGCGGUGUCUGGAAUGACACUGUCGGCAAGCGAAGCUGCUCUUGGGCGCGAGUCGACCCCAUAGCGAUGAAAGAGGUGUAGAAGAUUGCGAUGCCACAUACGACUGCGAACAGCAGAUGGGCCGAAAAAAGGGAAGACACGGCGAGGCGAGAAUGCCCCAUGCUGCAUAGGGGGAGCUUGUCGCGAGAAGUCCACUUGCCGUCAAAAAAUUCCCCACCGUAACGGCUGUGCGGGACUUUGUAAAUUUGCUCUCGGAAGUGUGAGCCGCGCAAGUUGAUUCAAUUGUUUGAUUGUUUAAGAGAGCAUCCAUCCCAUCAGAGGCCAAAAACUGAUGGGACACACACACAGAGGCCAAUCCGCUGUCUCAUCCACCCCUUCCUCUAUCAUCCAAAAAUAUGUGGACGUGUGUGUGACACAUCGGUCAACUCAUCAGCGACUCGCUUGCUUCGAAGCAGACUGACACGCUCGCAGCCACACACACACAAAACAAAAGGUACGCACACGCAUCCGCACACGCACCCGCACACAAAAGCGACACGCCUCGCUCACACCCUCGCUCAUUGCAGUGUGUCACGUGAACGUCUCAUAGACACACCUGUACUAUCCGUCCCCUGUGAAUUUGGCUGUGCAGCUCGGCCCUUCUCGGGGGCUCAUUCUAUGGAGCACAGAAUGGAACACACACACACACACACACGCACACACACAGUGUACAUCAGAGCGACUGAUGGAAUGAUGCGAGUGAAGGUUGACAUGCGCAUGAAUGAGAAUACGUCGACACCUUCCUCUCUCAGCGUACGUACACAAGACGUCACCAUGCAAGUCACCACACCAAGUGUACGACAGUGCUGUGUGGGAAAAAUACGCCAAAAUGAGUAGUGGAUGGAUGAAUUAAUGAAUGCACAUACGUAUGGCCACUCAAUAGCGGCAGCUGCCC